AUGCAUACAAUUGGAGUGGCAGGGACGCAAAUGCUGGUAACUUUUGGCGGAGAAUCCGUGUACACGGACAUCUCAGGCGAGAAGGCAGUCAGCGUCCUGCUGGAGGUCUUGGAACAGGAGGAAGAUAUCCUGGAACCAGAGGGGAUAUGGAAGGAUUCGCUAACACAACUAAUCAAUCUGACA